GUGAAUAAGCGGCAGAGUGAGUGGUGUAAUUAGUGAUUGAGUGAAGAGGGUGAACGAGUGAAUGAUGGGAAAAGUGAGUGGUGGGUGAGUGAGUUUUGAAAUUAGUGGUGGUAUAGGUGAAUGGUAGAAGGAGUUGUGAGGUGAGCGGUGGGUAAAGUGAGCGUGAGCGAAAGGGUGAGUAAACUCACCUCACCGCUUAUGGGUGUGUAGUGGUGGGGGAAAGGGUGAGUGAGUAAACUGGUGAGCGAGCUAUUGAGUAUGGUGGUGAGCUGAUUGUGAUGAGUGGUGGUGAGCUGAUUGUGAUGAGUGGUGGUGCUGGAGAGAGUGAUUGAGCGAGUGCUUGACUGAACUGUCUGCAGUUCUAUUGGCCGCUAAGGGGGGGGGGGCUUCCCCUCCCCCGCGUGGUCUCGCCCGGCAGAUGAAAUUGGCUUUUGCUGGGAACUGGAUUCCAACUCGCAACGUCGACAUGAGCGGCUCCCGAGGCCAGCAGCCCCCUGCCCACACACAGGACACCCCUGACCUCAAGGUGACCUCUCCCCUGCGCACUCGACCCAAACCUCCCUCCAGCUUCAUCGGGAAGCUCCAGGCAAGCCUGGUGCUCCCCCCCUCGGCGCUCUCCCCACCCUCCUGCAACUCCGCGGUGAAGCGGUGGUCGGCCCCCGCGGGCUCCACCACUCAACUCUCCCCACUCGCCCCCCUCUCCCCCUCCGCGUCCCUCUCCCCCUGCUCCCCCGUGCGCCGUUUCCACCUGGGGACACGGCCCCUCUCCCCUCAGCCGGGUCCCGAGCCCCCAGCGGGGCCCGAGGUCCCAACAGGCACAGAGAGUCUCGGGUCCGAGACGGCAGGUCGAGAGACACUGCCCAGUCUCAACAAGGGUCGCCCACGCCAUUCAGGUAAGCGGCGUCUCCCCAGCCGCUCCUCACUGAAGGCGGCGGCGACGCCGGUGGCAGUGGAACUAGCGAUGAGAAGCAAUGGGGGCGAGAGCCGGGGUCAGGAGGACGAUGUAGAGAAGAAGGAGAAGCAUGAGGAGAAAGCGGAUGACAAGGAGAACAAGGAGGGGGAGCAGAGUAGCCCUGAUCCUCACGAGGGUGCGGAGCAGACAAGCGAAGAAACUGCAACUGGGGUUGAGUGCGACGGCGGUGCAGGAGGUGAAGGAGGUGGGGGUGAGGAAGAAAAAGUGGGAGAGGAAGCAGGAGACACAGGAAAAAUGAGGCCUGGGGUGGCAACCUCUGUGAAUGAAGAUGUGGAAGAGGAGGAGGAAGACGAGGUGUUUGUGUUGGAAGAGUGAGAUUCAGGUUCCUUGCUUUCGUGAACACUUUGUCAGUCCAUGGGUGUCAAUGCAACUCUGUGUCUCAUUGUGAAUUUGUGGGACUCCACAUAAGCGUAUGGGUCUCCAUGUCGGUCUCUAUCUCAGUCUAUGGGUUUUUAUAUGUCUAUAGGUCUAUAUAUAAGGCAUUGGUAACUCGGCUGAGACCAUCAACUCACUGCACUUGCGAACUCGGUUUAAUCACAGGCAGCGCCUGCUCCCCGCAUUGCACCGCAGGAUCUCCUUUGAGACACCCGGUCAGCCCUUGUCUGCCUCGUUUGUUCGUCCGUCUCGUUUGCAGUGUCUGCAUAAUCUGUGUCGUGUGCCUUCAUUCGGGUUGUACAUUGUUGUGAUUUGCAUCGUAGGCCAUCGGUUCCCGUGCUCGCGAUCCGACCGUGCCAGACGCGAUGUCCGUGAUGAUCAGCUCUGACCCGCUAAUAAAAUUGCCUCCCAUCCUUUC